AUGGAUCGCCACAGGACUCGCCUAGGGCUACUGCCGCUGGGUCUGCUCAUAAUAUGGUUGUCGUCCGGGGCCGACGGGGUGGUAGACUCCGAAAUUCAAGCUCUCCUCAAGCAAGCCAGAGCAGACAUCAUGAAAAUGGACACCAGAAAACUAACGCCGAUGUGUCGCAAGGUUAUUUCCAAGUGUCGCGCGAAGGCCAUCGUACUCUUCCAAAUCAUCAAAAGCAUUCAGGAGAACCCCGAACCAUAUCUCGAAUCUACUUGCCUGCUCGAAUACCUCAAAAAUGGCAUCUACGAUUACGACCUUGAAUGUGACAUGGAGGGAGCGUAUGGAAAGAAAUUCCAGUGCUUCAGGGAUCCAGUCAUAUCCAAAAGCCUGGGCUCGAAACGCGCGCCGGUCGCAGCCCUCAUUAAUUGCAUGGCUGAAAACUCUCUGAAUUUUGACGUCAAUAAUCCGAAGCACAAAUUUUGAGCCGGUUGCUCCUCGUCCAG